AUCUCCACUUUGUGUUUAGUUGUUGAACAAUGGCUGGAAGUUGGUGUUUGGUUCAGAUUUUGGUGGUUUGUGCUCUCUGUCAUGCUGUUCCACAAUGGAGUAAAUCGCUUCAGGAUGUUCAGUCUCUGAUGACCCAGCAGUUUCAGCUUCAGAAGCCAGUUCAACAACCAACUAACCAGUGGCUUCCUCCACAAAAUAUGCUUCCGAAGCCAGUUCAACAACUGACUAAACCGCAGUAUCCGGUUCAGAAGCCAGUUCAGCAGCCAGCUGACCAGCAGUUUCCGCUUCAGAAGCCAGUUCAGCAACCUAAACCACAGUUUCCGCAUCAGAAGCCAGUAGUGCAGGCAGAUCCCCUUGAUAAAUGUGCUGUAGCUGAUUCCGAGCAGAUCCAAUGUGGUCUACCUGGGAUCAGUGGUGCUGAGUGUGAAGCUAUUAACUGCUGCUUUAAAGCACAGCAGUGUUUCUAUGGGAGAGCGGUGACUGUCCAGUGUAUUAGAGAUGGUCAGUUUGUGGUAGUGGUGUCGAGAGAUGUUACUCUGCCUCGACUGAGUCUGGAUUCGGUUCAUCUACUGGGUGGAAACGACCAACCUUGCGCUCCUGUGGGGUCCACACCUUCCUUUGCUAUAUACCAGUUCCCUGUGACCGCAUGUGGCACGAGCGUGAUGGAGGACGGCGGAUAUGUGGUGUAUGAAAACAGAAUGACCUCAUCGUAUGAAGUGGGGAUUGGACCAUAUGGUUCCAUCACAAGGGACAGCCAUUUUGAGUUUCUCUUCCAGUGUAGAUACUCUGAAACUUCUGUGGAAGCUCUGGUUGUGGAAGUCAACUCUGUUCCUCCACCUCCACCAGUAGCUGCUCCUGGACCUCUCCGGGUGGAGCUCAGACUGGCCAAUGGCCAAUGUGUCACCAAAGGCUGUGCUGAAGGGGAUGAGGCCUACACGUCCUACUACAGUGACGCUGAUUAUCCCAUCACAAAAGUCCUGCGAGAGCCGGUGUAUGUUGAGGUGCACAUUAUGGAGAGGACUGACCCCAACAUUGUCCUGAUGCUGGGACGCUGUUGGACUACUUCAACCCCCAGUCCACUCAGUCUCCCCCAGUGGGACCUUCUGAUCAAUGGAUGCCCUUACCAGGAUGACCGUUAUCUGACCACACUGGUUCCAGUGACCGGAUCUUCUGGUCUUCAGUACCCAACCCACUACAAGCGCUUCGUUGUGAAGAUGUUCACCUUUGUAGAUCCAGCCUCACUGGCUGCUCUGCAGGAAACCAUCUUCAUCCACUGCAGUACAGAGGUGUGCCAUCCAUCAUCUGGCUCUUGUGAGCAAAGCUGCACCAGGAAACGAAGAGAUGCUCGUAUGAAGGCUGUCUCUGGGGAGCAGACUGUGGUUUCUAGUGGCGCAGUAACUCUGGUCUGUCCCAUUGACACUCGUAAGGUUCUGUCAGAGAACUGUGUGAUAAUCGUCUGUAUGUCCAUGAUGCCCGUGUUCCUGCAACCACCCCUGUCUCAGAUCUGCUCGCUUGUGGAGAAACUCAAGUACCGGGAUGCUCUAGCUACAAAGAGCUUCCUAAUCCACAGCCCACCUGCUAAACCCAAUUGCACCGCCUGGUUAGAAGCAAUGGCUGGAAGUUGGUGUUUGUUUCAGAUUUUGCUGGUUUGUGCUUUCUGUCAUGCUGUUCCAAACUGGAGUAAAUCACUUCAGGAUGUUCAGUCUCCGAUGACCCAGCAGUUUCAGCUUCAGAAGCCAGUUCAACAACCAACUUACCAGCAGUUUCCGCUUCAGAAGCCAGUUCAACAACCAACUUACCAGCAGUUUCCGCUUCAGAAGCCAGUUCAACAACCUAAACCACAGUUUCCGCUUCAGAAGCCAGUUCAACAACCUAAACAACAGUUUCCGCUUCAGAAGCCGGUUCAACAACCAACUUACCAGCAGUUUCCGCUUCAGAAGCCAGUUCAACAACCUAAACCACAGUUUCCGCUUCAGAAGCCGGUUCAACAACCUAAACCACAGUUUCCACAUCAGAAGCCAGUAGUGCAGGCAGAUCCCCUUGAUAAAUGUGCUGUAGCUGAUUCCGAGCAGAUCCAAUGUGGUCUACCUGGGAUCAGUGGUGCUGAGUGUGAAGCUAUUAACUGCUGCUUUAAAGCACAGCAGUGUUUCUAUGGGAGAGCGGUGACUGUCCAGUGUAUUAGAGAUGGUCAGUUUGUGGUAGUGGUGUCGAGAGAUGUUACUCUGCCUCAACUGAGUCUGGAUUCGGUUCAUCUAUUGGGUGGAAAUGACCCACCUUGCGCUCCUGUGGGGUCCACACCUUCCUUUGCUAUAUACCAGUUCCCUGUGACUGCAUGUGGCACGAGCGUGAUGGAGGACGGCGGAUAUGUGGUGUAUGAAAACAGAUUGACCUCCUCGUAUGAAGUGGGGAUUGGACCAUAUGGUUCCAUCACAAGGGACAGUCAUUUUGAGUUUCUCUUCCAGUGUAGAUACUCUGAAACUUCUGUGGAAGCUCUGGUUGUGGAGGUCAACUCUGUUCCUCCACCUCCACCAGUAGCUGCUCCUGGACCUCUCCGGGUGGAGCUCAGACUGGCCAACGGCCAAUGUGUCACCAAAGGCUGUGCUGAAGGGGAUGAGGCCUACACGUCCUACUACAGUGACGCUGAUUAUCCCAUCACAAAAGUCCUGCGAGAGCCUGUGUAUAUUGAGGUGCACAUUAUGGAGAGGACUGACCCCAACAUUGUCCUGAUGCUGGGACGCUGUUGGACUACUUCAACCCCCAGUCCACUCAGUGUCCCCCAGUGGGACCUUCUGAUCAAUGGAUGCCCUUACCAGGAUGACCGUUAUUUGACCACACUGGUUCCAGUGACUGGAUCUUCUGGUCUUCAGUUCCCAACCCACUACAAGCGCUUCGUUGUGAAGAUGUUCACAUUUGUAGAUCCAGCCUCACUGGCUGCUCUGCAGGAAACCAUCUUCAUCCACUGCAGUACAGAGGUGUGCCAUCCAUCAUCUGGCUCUUGUGAGCAAAGCUGCACCAGGAAACGAAGAGACGCUCCUAUCAAGGCUGUCUCUGGGGAGCAGACUGUGGUUUCUAGUCGAGAAGUUACUCUGGUCAUGUAAAUCAAGUUUUUAAUAAACUUUACAGAACUUUACAA